AUGGCACUAUCACGACUCUCUUCUCGAUCCACCAACCUCCUCCAGCCACUCGCCACCGCCUUACCCACAACUCUCCGCCGCCACAUUUCCACAGACACCACCCAAUUAACAGUCGAGACCUCACUCCCAUUCACAUCUCACCUCUGCGAAGCUCCCUCGCGCUCCGUCGAGACCUCGUCCAAAGAGCUCCUCUCCUUCUUCCACGACAUGGCUCUGAUGCGGCGGAUGGAGAUCGCCGCCGAUUCUCUCUACAAAGCCAAACUCAUCCGCGGAUUCUGCCAUCUCUACGACGGCCAAGAGGCAGUCGCGAUCGGGAUGGAGGCGGCGAUUAACAAGAGAGACGCGAUUAUCACGUCGUAUCGAGAUCACUGCACGUUUAUCGGCCGUGGCGGUGGGCUUUACGAGGCGUUCUCGGAGCUUAUGGGGAGGAAGAGUGGUUGCUCUAAAGGUAAAGGAGGAUCUAUGCAUUUCUACAAGAAAGAUGCUUCCUUUUACGGUGGUCAUGGGAUUGUUGGAGCUCAGGCUCCGUUGGGAUGUGGUUUGGCUUUUGCCCAGAAGUAUUCUAAGGAGGAAGCUGUGACCUUUACGUUGUACGGUGAUGGUGCGGCGAAUCAGGGACAGUUGUUUGAGGCUUUGAAUAUCGCUGCGCUUUGGGACUUGCCUGCGGUUUUGGUUUGCGAGAACAAUCACUAUGGGAUGGGAACGGCUGAGUGGAGGUCUGCUAAGUCUCCUGCUUAUUUCAAGCGUGGAGACUAUGUUCCUGGCUUGAAGGUGGAUGGUAUGGAUGCACUGGCUGUGAAGCAAGCGUGUAAGUUUGCCAAAGAACAUGCCCUCAAGAAUGGACCUAUUAUCCUUGAGAUGGACACUUACAGGUACCAUGGUCACUCUAUGUCUGACCCAGGAAGCACUUACCGUACACGUGAUGAGAUCUCAGGCGUCAGGCAGGUGCGAGAUCCAAUUGAUAGAGUGAGAAAGUUGAUCAUAUCUCACGACAUAGCCACUGAGAAAGAGCUUAAGGAUAUGGAGAAAGAAGUGAGGAAAGAAGUAGAUGCAGCAGUAGCUCAAGCUAAGGAGAGUCCGAUACCGGAACCAUCAGAGCUUUUCACAAAUAUAUACGUCAAAGGUUUCGGAUCUGAGUCGUUUGGAGCAGACAGAAAGGAACUGAGAGCAACACUUCCUUAA